UCGGUUCACGGGUUUUCUCUAGAAGCUGAUGACUUAGCGGUACAAAAGAUUAAGAUACUACCAUUCACAACUGCUGAGAAAAAGUAAUGAGUCAUUAUUAUGGAACAUCCUCGACUUGGUGGGUCACCUCUUGCUAUGUUAGCUGCUCAGUGUAACAAGUUGACCAGUAAAAGUCCUCCACCUCUCGCCGACGCUGCAAUAGGAAAAGGGUUUCACCCGUGGAAAAAGGGUGGCCAGGCUGUCACCGCGCCCUCUACCGGUCUCCAGCUCUGCUCCCAACGAGUCCCCGCCUUCUCUAAUACUAGUUCCCCUGCCCUCUCUUAUCAAAGACCAGUGGUAACGACAACGUGUAACUCGGGAUCGUACGGUGGGGACAACCUGUUUUACCCAGGAGCCACAGCAGCAUCUCCGCAAGUAGACACUGGCCAGAGUCAUCACCUGUUGAGCAAAGUACACAGCGACACCGCUCACCUAGGCAGUAUGUAUUCCAGAGUAGGUGUAGGCGCUCAUCCCUACGAAAGUUGGCCCUUUAACAUGAAUAUGGCUGGGUCCGCUCACCCAGGCAUCAAGACCGAGGUGUCUUCAGUGAACACACUCAACACCACGUCUUGGUGGGACAUGCAUGCUGCUUCCGCUGGAGCCGGCUCUUGGCUAGAUAUGUCAGGUGCUACCCCGGGGUUGCACGGACAGAUACCGGCAAACUAUGCCGGAGGAGAUUACGGACUUGCUCCUACCCUAGCCGCUGCCUCUAACUCUGCACACCUUCUCACGUCGGGACAGCAUAUAUUUCAAGACACAUACAAGUCGAUGCUACCCCCAACUCAGGCAGUGGCCCACUCUGUACCUUCACCUUUUGGACUCUCCCAACCACCCUUGUCACAGGUCUCAUCUCCACGUUCCGGGCGCCGAUACACGGGGCGGGCUACAUGUGACUGUCCUAACUGUCAAGAGGCCGAGAGAUUAGGACCAGCAGGGGCCCACCUGAGGAAGAAGAAUAUCCACAGUUGUCACAUUCCAGGAUGUGGAAAGGUGUACGGCAAGACGUCACAUCUCAAGGCUCAUCUUCGCUGGCACACGGGAGAAAGACCUUUCGUGUGUAACUGGCUUUUUUGUGGAAAACGAUUCACAAGAUCAGAUGAGCUACAGCGUCACCUGAGAACCCAUACCGGCGAAAAACGUUUCGCUUGCCCCAUAUGCAACAAGCGGUUCAUGCGGUCCGAUCACCUCAGCAAGCACGUGAAGACCCACAACGGGAACGGCACAGAGAAGAAAGGCAGUAGCAGUGAAAACUGUAGUGAUUCGGAGAAUAGCCAGACUGAACCCCCGGGGGUCACUCCAUCGUCACUAGCCGGGCCAAUGACCAAUGGCCCCACUGGAAGUGUUGUGGACACCAAGUAGUAUCGACGAAGGAAUUUCUUUGGUCUCAUUACGUUGUGCCAUACACUGGCUGUAUCAUCGUACCAGGUUAAAAUCUGACCUGUGUCACAUUCUGUAAAAAACUGAAUGUUUUAUUUUUAUUGUAUUUUUUUUGUUUUAUUGCGUGUAUGGUGGCCAAAUUGCUUGUAAACGUAGUUGUCAUUGCUCGCCUGUACAGGACUGUGAGUUACGUUGUCCAGUUGUUUCAAACUGGUACUGAUUGAAUAACAUGUGUUUACCAUGUAUAUAUAUAUACGUACCUGUAUAGUGUUCUCUAAAUAAACAAGUCCCAGACUCUAGCUGUACAAAAGUGGAUGACAGCAAAAGCCUAGUGGAAGUUUCGUUAAACACCACACUUAUAUUGUGAUGAGUCGUGUUACUUGAAACUUCGGCGUAAAACACAACUACUAUGUAACAAAGACCGACUCGCAGGCGCCAUGAUGUCUGGAAGAGAACAAAAUGGCGGUGAGUGAGUGAGGCCUUCAUGUCGUUAUGGAGAAACUAAUAUGGUUUGUGGUCAAGUACAGGACGUUUUGUGGUCAUGUGGUGAUACCGUGCAGUAAGAACAGUGGACAGUCUGAAGACAUUAUACAAGCACGCCAGUAGCGGGUGUGUACUAACUUGGCAAAGUUUCGUCUAUAUAUUCUAAGGUCAAAGGUUGUAAGAUGGUUUGGUACGACAUGGUGUUAGUAUACGGGAU